AAUCAACCAUUUUCUGCCAAGCAAAAAUUUCCGGGUAGAAGUUCAAUCUCUCAGCAGAUAUAAAUACUCCUCAACUCCAAAAGGCACAACAAACUCGGAAGGAGAGGUUUAACCUUCACUGCAAAAGAUGAAUAUUAUCAACAAAAUGUGGUUUUCUCUGACUGUGCUCCUCCUGGCUGCAUUGGCCUGUGUGGCAGAUGUGGCUCAGACCAAUGAAAGGAUUAAACGCUCUGUGUCAGCCUCCAGGUUAACAUCACUCCGUUCCAGACGGAUGGUUGGAGGGACACUGGCUCCUCAUGUCCCCUGGCAGGCCAUGGUCUACAUCGCUGACAGUGUGCUGGACGGAGGCUAUGCAGGCGGUGCUCUCAUCUCCGAGCGCUGGAUUUUGACGGCUGGCAGGAACCUGUUUGUCAGGAAGAGUCGACUGGACGUUCAAGGAAAAGAUCCUGUCAUUCCUAAAGUGUACCUGGGAAUCACUGCACGGCCGGAUCCUAAUGCCUCCAAAGAGGUUGCUGUGGAGAAGGUUGUUCUCCAUCCAGGCUUCCAGAACCGAUCUGACUGGGACAACGACCUUGCUCUGAUCCAGCUGAAGGAGCCUGUGGUUGUGAGCGAUAAAGUGAUCCCCAUCCCCCUGCCAGAGAGUGGCCAAGACCUGGCAGACACCGUGGGAGGGUCAGGGGUCCUCACCGGAUGGGGAUGGGGGAUCCUCCUCACUCCUGCUACAUCACUCAAAUACCUCGUACUUCCCCUGGUCAAUCACUCUGACUGUAAGGCAGAAUAUAAAGGUAGCGAGCUCACACCAGCUGUAGACGACGACAUGUUUUGCACCGGACCCACCAAGUAUGGAGAAAAUGUUUGUUUUGGUGAUGCAGGAGGCGCUCUGGCUGUCACAGAUGCUGAAACUGGGGACAUUUACGCUGCAGGCAUCCUUUCCUACGACAAGUCUUGCAAUAGCUACAAGUACGGAGUCUAUAUGAAGAUUUCCUCGUAUUUGCCCUGGAUCCACAGUGUCAUCAGAGGGGAUACAGAGAAAUCGUCUGCUCUGCGCUCUGAUGCAAUGUCAAAGAUGCAGCCGUAGAGCUUCAGGCUCUGUUCUUCUGAUUUUGAGGAGAAAUUAUUGUGAUGUUUUGAGUCAGGGAAUUUUAUAAAAAUGCAAUGUAACCACUGCUGUGUUCUGUCACUUAAAUGUUGCGAUCGGAAAGGAAAACAAUACAUAAAUACAGUAUUUGCAAUUGUUCCUGUUUGCCAUAAUACAAACAAAUCUCUCCCUGAAAAACGUCAUCAUAUCAGUCAUUUGAGCAAAUUGCCAAAAACAAAGCAUAGGGUUUAUGACUCUUGUCUGUAAAUGAGAAAGAAGAGAGACAUCGCUAUUGAGCCAUCUCCCUUUUACAUUCUUUCCACAACUACUUCUGUCACUUUUUGUGUACAAACGAGUGUAACACUAUUAAAGCCUUCCAGAAAAGACUGA